AUGGGAAGAAGAAUUCCCGCGGAUGAGACAAACCUGCUAAUUCAUCCGUUGCUUUCGAUAUCAUUUUUUGCUGCUGGUAUGGCUGCCACCAUUGCCAUGAUCACAGCUCUUUGUAGCUUUACAAGAAAACGAUCACCGCCUCCUUCUCAAGCCCCUGCAAACACAACAACGGAAAUAGAUGCAGAACCAGCAACAAUGGCAGCUGCGGGGACAACGACAACAACACCUCAGCAAGAUUCAGAAACAGAUCAAGAAAACGAGGAUGGAAGAGAGAGUAAAGAACUGCCUUUGCCUCCGCGGAUGAGGCACUCAGGACAGAUUGAUUCUACCAUUAACAACAAGGCACAUAUGAAAAAGUCUGCUUCUGAGAGAAGACUGUUGUCGAAUUUAAGCAUGAAAUUGCCAAGAAGCUUGUCAAUGGCAAGGAAAGAUAAGGUGAAGGAGGAGUAUAACAAACGAAAGAACACCAAGUUGAAGCCGGAAGAGUCCAUCUGGAUGAAGACGAUCAUAUUAGGUGAGAAAUGUAAAGUGCCAGAUGAGGACGAAGUUGCGAUUUAUGAUGCUAAGGGAAGAAAGAUCCCAGCAUAUCGCCCCAAAAGUAGGCAAUCUUCUUUCAUUGAUCCAAGCGCAAUACCGGACCAAAGAAUGAGAAAAGUAGAGAUAGAAAACAAAAUAAUCAAGAGAGAGAUCACAAACAAGAAAACAAAAAUCAAGAAAGUGAUCAAGAAUGAUAAUAAUGUUAAUGUCUUCAGGGUCAUCAUAGAAUGGCAAAGCUUCUUUUUCUCUGCUGCUCAGCAGCUCAAUGGAUCAGAAGCAGAAGGUGACUCGAGAGUCUUCUGA